UUGCGAAAGCAUCUGUCUGAAGGAUUAUUUCAAGAGAAUAUUGGAUUAAUUUUCAGAAUGGAUUUUACACAGUGUGUUUCAUUUGUCAUGUUGGCGUUCAGCAGUCUGGUGUUUCCUGCUACAAGUCAACAAUUCGUCAGCAAGCCCCAGGGUUAUGCGGUAAUGCAAGGGACAAAUAUAACGCUGAAAUGUAAAGUCUCAAAGUUAGGUGCUAAGAACGUCAUAUGGUCACGUGAUGUAGCGUUCAUAUCGAUGAAUCACAUGAUCAUUGGCGGUGACGUCGACCGGAUGAAGAUUACUGGGAAGUACAACCUCAACAUCUUCAACGUGACACAGGCAGACGAGGGGGAAUACGUGUGUCAAGUCACAUCUACCCCACCUUUAAUACAAAGGUCAUUCAUCAACAUCACAGUACCCUCUACGGUGGAGAUGUUGAAUAAAACAGUUGACAUCGAGGCGACGUUGAAGGAUAACGUCACGCUGACGUGUGCCGCCACUGGAAAACCCAAGCCCACGAUAGUGUGGUCACGAGAGGACGGGUCCCUUCCCGGGGGUAAGAAGGAAAUGGAGGGAGACACCCUCACCCUCACAGAACUGAAGUACAGCCACGGGGGCGUCUACAAAUGCACCGCCUUCAACGGCGUGGGCGAUCCGGAUGAAGACUCCGUCAGGGUGGAUGUUUUCUAUCCACCGACGAUCCACUCCAAGCCUAAGACCCUCCGGACUGGUCCAGGUUUUUCAGUGAAGAUUCCGUGUAUCGCGAGUGGACAGCCUAAGCCCACAAUUGAGUGGCGACACAACGAUACGGUGGUCGACCUCAGGAACCUCCCCAAGAACAUGAAAAUGUUGUUGAUAGAGAGAGGCUUCAAAAUAGACUACAGCAUGGAGAUCAAAGGCAUUGAAGACGACGACCUUGGCUCCUACUCCUGCAGGGUUACCAACAAGGAGGGAUCUGACACACUGAAGAUCAUGGUGACAGCGUUACCUGGAAAAGUUGAGAUCAACGGCCCCGCCACUGGCAACUUCUCCAGGGUAUACGGCGUGGCGUCACCUGGACGGUGACAUCUGCAGUGAAGCCUGUGACGUACAAGCUGAUGUACCGAGAGAUGAAUGAAACAUUCGAGGGCAAUUGGACAGAAGUCGAUGUGGCGGCAACAUCCAAAGAUGGCGUCAUUACCAAUAUGCAGUCAUACAGCCUGACCGCCCUAGCUCCUGACACCAAAUAUGAAGUGAUGUUGAGAGCUUACAAUAGCUAUGGCUGGGGCGAAGUUAGUGAUAAAUUCAUGUUUACAACAAAUGAACCUGGGUUUACCCCACCCCCUACAACACGAGUGCCCCCGGUAAGGACGCAUAGUAACGAAGAAAGGGUUUAUGACGACCGCACCAACGAUGGCAACCAGCUGAUUGCCUGGCAACCGAUGGCAUUUCUACUCUUGAUAGCAUGUAUAUCAAUGACCCCUUGAUAUAGCCUACAGAACAUUUGCAAACGUUUGCAUAUUGGAACUGUUUGUAAAACUGAACUCCGAUUACAAUAUCGAUGAUGUAAUGUCAAUGACCCGUUCCAAAUGUGGCAGAACAUUGCAAGAAUGUUGUUAAAAGUGAUUUUAAGUCUAAAACUCAAAACAUUGCCAACAACUAAUUGGAAAAGUUGUAAUUCUCAAAUGAACAACACAAAAAAAGAAGAAUUAAAUAUCGACUCACAUUUAAAUCCAGUUUGAAAAGUUUUACUGUAAAAUGUGUUUUAUAGGUAAAAGGCUAAACGCAACUUCUCUGUGAAAUCCAUUACAGGUCACUUUUCAUAUUUCUAAAGUGCCCUGAAGGCAUGCAUUUAAUUCUAAGUCCUUCUGUAAUAUAUAUUUCGUAAAAUCAUGUUUGAAAGAUCAUGGUUCAGUGUGAAAUCAUCAUCCCUUUACUAGAAAACCUACCCACAAUGUCACACGUUAUCAUCAAAAUGAGAAACUAGCGUUCGUGAUCCUUUGAAUCUGUCUACUUAUUCAUAUAUAUGUUUUAAUAUAAAAGUAUGAAAGGUGUCUCAAGCAUAUCGUAUCUCUCAACCUGCAGAUUACCUUUUAGUGUACACUUUAUAAAGAUUAAGCGCCUAUUUUACUUUCAUUCCAACCUCAGUAAUGUACUUGAAAACUACACCCGGAAACGAUGUAGUUACAGAAACUAAUGAAUACUUGAUGCUAAGACAUCAUUGCUAUAGGUUUUGAAUUGUGAAAAGUAAAAAUACAAUUCAAACGGUUGGGCUGUGUUAAUGAAUCAGUGUUGAAAUUUAGGGUCAUAGCUUUAACAACGUCUUCAUCAAGGGUUGUGACUUUCUCUCAGGAAUACUCAGCACACGAAGGUCUUUAAGAUGCCUAAAAAGAGUUAACGCUGAACUCCUGUAACUACGCCUUGAAAUUGUACGAGGGGUCAACAUAAUUGCUCCUAAAAGUAUGUAAAUACUAGUAAUCAUUUGUUCUCCUGUUUUGUACCUACUAACACUAGAUGUCCUAAACAUGACUAGAAAUUGUGUCCUUAUUUAUUUGAAACAAAUAGUAUCUUUCGAAGCAGUGACCAAAAUAUUAAAUAAAUCAAAUAAUGAAGAAGAUUAUUUGAUUAGUCACUAGGCUGUUUGAGAGCAUUUAAUCCGUGAAGAGAUGGGUAACAACUACCCAUGCUUGUCCUCAGAUGCGACUUCCAUUCUUCUAGACUACCAGU